GAGCGUGCAUGGGGAGGCGGGCCGUGUGCUCGCCCACGAGCACGGGGGUUCACGCGUAGCGUGGGUGCGCGAGUGGCGGGAGAGGGGCAGCGUGCAGCCACGCAAUGGAGGUCAGCCACUCUGUCAAGGAGCGCACUAUUGCCGAGAACAGCCUGGUCAUCCUCCUGCAGGGCCUGCACGGCCAGGUCACCACUGUGGACCUCCGUGAUGAGAGCACCGCCACUGGGCGCAUCACCAAUGUGGAUGCAUUCAUGAACGUGCGCCUGGCCGAAGUGACCUUCACAGACAGGCAGGGCACAGUGUCCCACUUGGAUGAGCUCUUUGUAACCGGCAGGAACGUCCGCUAUGUCCACAUCCCUGAUGAGGUGGACAUCAGGGCCACCAUCGAGCGGCAGCUGCAGGCAAUCCACAGGGUCCGCUACUUCGGAGGCCGUGACAAGGGGAGGAAGGAGUUCCCUCGAGCGAAGCACAAAUGAUCCUCUUAGUGCUGCCAGAUCUCCAGGCUCAGAACAGAUCCUGGCAUCAUGUGCACAGAAAGGCAAGGACAGAUUUGCCCCCCUUGACAAGACACUGGGGCUUCCUGCCAGCUGCUUCCACACCUUGCCCUGGGCUUCCCUCCCAGGGACAGCAGACUGUGCUUCUCCCCUGGCUGGUGCCUGUGGGAGAGCAUAGGGACACUCAGUGCAAGUUUUUUUGUUUUGUUUUGUUUUUAAUGAAUAACCCUGCUUUAAAGGGUCUGUGAUUUUUUUUCCAGCUCAUUUCCUGUUUGGUUGGCAGCUACUCUGUAUCCCUUCUCUGAUUGCUCACCAUUUUUCUUAAAGCCCUUUUGGUCAGAAA